AUGAUGAAAUACACGGCGUUGAUUGCUAAGGCUGUUCUUUUUUCAGAUACAACGAACCCCACUUACAACGUUAAUCUUGCACCUUUUAUACAAGAUCUAAGUGCAUACUAUUGCCUACUCAAUGUAUCUUCGGAUUGCCCGGGAAAGUUCACGCUCCAUGUAGGUGGAUGGUUGAACAUAAGUGCAAAUGAGACGCAAGCAUUUUGUGAAGGAGGUUGUGCACAACACACUCAACAACUUCUUAAAUGUGUUAAGUACGUUAAACAAAAUUACGUGUUUCGAAACAAAGCCACUAUCAACAACUUAAAUGACACCAUCAACAUUGGGUGCACUCAAGGUUUUAAUGGGACAAGUUUGACCAGUGCCAGUGGCUCUGUGAUUGCAACUGCAUCAACAUUUUCCGUUUUUGCCCUUUUGGCCCUCCUAUUAUACUAG